AUGUGUUUUGGCAGCAGGAAGACGGACGAGGCCGGCGAUGCUCGCUCGCGCGAGCUCGACAAGGUCAUCAAACAAGAUGAGAAGCGCAUGGCAAAAGAAGUUAAACUCCUUCUCCUCGGUGCCGGAGAAUCGGGCAAGUCUACCGUUCUCAAACAGAUGAAAUUGAUAUACGCCCAAGGUUUCAGUAAAACGGAGAAACUAGAAUGGAAGCCGGUUGUGCUAAUUAAUGUCAUCCAAUCGUUGCGGCUCAUCUUCGAUGCUAUGGAAGAUUAUGCAAUUGAAUUUGAACGAAAGGAAAACGAGAAAAACAAAGUGCUAGUUCUUGUCGAUGUAGAGAUAGGGCCCGAGGAUCCCUUACCACAAGAUUACCUCGAGCCCAUCAGAUCCCUUUGGGCUGAUGCUGGCGUUCAAAAGGCCAUCCUUAAGGGCAACGAAUAUGCUCUUCACGACAAUAUUGCAUAUUUCUGUGACGAUGUAGAUCGUCUGUGGGAUAAGAACUAUAUACCGACCGAUCAAGACCUCUUGCGAACUCGUUUAAGAACAACUGGCAUCACCGAGACUGUUUUCGAUCUAGGACAAUUGACAUACCGGAUGUUCGACGUUGGUGGACAAAGAUCUGAGCGAAAGAAGUGGAUUCAUUGCUUCGAGAACGUCAACUGCUUGCUGUUUUUGGUUGCUAUCAGUGGCUACGAUCAAUGUCUUGUCGAAGACAAGGAUGGUAACCAAAUGAACGAAGCUCUGAUGUUGUGGGAAUCGAUUGCGAACUCGCACUGGUUCGCCAAGUCGGCGCUUAUUCUCUUCCUAAACAAGAUGGAUCUCUUUAGAGAGAAAUUGACAUCAAGCCCCAUCACGUCCUAUGGCUUCACCGAUUACCGCGGCCCUCCCGAUGACCACAAGCAGGCGAGCAAGUACUUCAUGGACAAAUUCAAGGCCUUGAACCGGAACCCCGAGAAGGAGAUCUAUGGACACUUCACCAAUGCCACCGACACGAACUUGCUGAAGAUUACCAUGACAUCCGUACAGGACAUGAUUAUACAACGGAACCUGAAACAGUUGAUCCUGUGA